CACUUGAGGAUCACGAUGAGGCGGUCCACAUCGUACAUAAUAUUCGCAUUACUGGUUUCCCUGGAAUGCCUAACCCUUGGAGGUGCAGCUCCCGUUGGUGAGCAUCCAGAUCACGCCGGCUGCAUACGGAUAACGAUCAUCAAGAGACCCUUGAGCACCACCACAACGACGACGACAACCACAACCACCACGACCACAACAACCACAGCUGCAACCACAGUAGCUGCUGGCUAGGGAACCAUUGAAUAAUUAACCACAAGUGAUGAUAUUCUUGACGAUUACUGCGAAAAUGUGCUUCCCAGACUCUGGAAUUACUUGCCAAAAGUAUCCAUGUGAUUUCAGGAUUAGUUUUAAAUGCUUGAAAACUAAAUAUUAAAUAUGCAUGUGGUUUUAA